AAUUGAACAAAUAGAGGACUGGAGGCUGAUUUCGAAUCCGAUUUUCGAUCGAAAGUUACGCGAGUGACGAGAAAAUUUCUCGAUGGUUCUUCGUGGUUUGCUGGCACCAGCGGCGGCGCGAUGGACACGAAAUAAAUCAAGGGGUCAAGAGAAGCGGGCUGCUGGACAAUUAGGAUUAUCACGUUAUGGACCGCAGGUGAUGAGUGUAUUGUGUUUAUGCACUACAGUACAUCAGACCGGUCAGAAUAACAAUCAAGCAAGCAAAAUACUUCCAAACACAUCGCCAAUCUCAUCUGAAGAAGAGAGUAUAAAUUCGUUGCAGGAAAUACCCACCGACGAACUGGCUCUAUUAGCUAAGCUGGAGGAAGCCAAUAGGCUUAUCGAAUCGGAUGCAAAGUCGUUGAACUCGCUCCAAAGCAAUCACAGUAGGAAAGGUUCUGACACAUCUCAAGUGUCUGUGGCGUCGGGGGGCAGCGGAGGAAAUGGCGAUGCUGCACCCCGACGCCACAAUUCAGCUGAUGGUGAAGAGAACACAUGGACCCUAUGGGGUCACAUUGUCGCUGAUUGGGAUUAUCAUUGGAAGAAGAGGAAAGAAUUCGUCAAAGAAUUAGUGCGUCAAGGAAUACCUCAUCAUUUUAGAGGUAUUGUUUGGCAGUUAUUAAGUGGUGCUCAUGAUUCUCCUGUGAAAAAGCAAUUCGCUGAGCAUAUCAAGGCCACAUCCGCAUGCGAAAGGAUAAUCAGAAGGGAUAUAGCCAGAACGUAUCCUGAGCAUGAUUUUUUUAAAGAAAAAGAUGGGCUUGGUCAGGAGAGUUUAUUUAACGUUAUGAAAGCGUAUAGUCUUCAUGAUCGUGAAGUAGGAUAUUGUCAAGGUUCGGGAUUUAUUGUAGGAUUACUUCUUAUGCAGCAAAUGCCAGAAGAAGAAGCUUUCGCUGUACUGGUAGCGCUUAUGCAAGAGUAUCGUUUGCGAGACAUGUUCAAACCGAGUAUGGCUGAAUUAGGGGUGUGCAUGUAUCAGCUAGAACAUUUAGUUGCUGACACGCAUCCCGAGUUACACGCUCAUUUUGCGGCUCAAGGUUUUCAUACAUCGAUGUACGCAUCGUCUUGGUUUCUUACGCUUUUUACUACAACGCUCAGUCUAUCGCUGGCCUGCCGCAUUUUUGAUGUGUUUCUAUCUGAAGGCAUGGAAAUUAUUUUCAAAGUUGCACUGGCCAUGUUACAUUUAGGCAAGGAAGAUUUAUUAAGCUUGGACAUGGAAGGCAUGUUGAAGUUCUUUCAGAAACAAUUACCUGGAAGAGCAGAGAAAGAUCCCGAUGGCCUCAUGAAUCUUGCUUAUAGUAUGAAAAUAAAUCCAAAAAGAAUGAAGAAACUCGAGAAAGAUUAUACCGUGUUGAAAAUGAAAGAGCAAGAAGAGAUGAUUGAGCUCCGUAGACUUAGAGCCGAGAAUAGGUUACUUAGACAAAGAACUGAACUUCUGGAAGCUGAAUCUGCGGAGUUGGCAGAUAGAUUAGUCAGAGGUCAAGUUUCCCGAGCAGAAGAGGAGGAAACUGCUUUUGUUGUACAAAGAGAAUUAGCAGCACUUCGACACACUCAUCUUGAAACCAGUCAUCAACUUGAACAAGCUCAUGAAGAAUUGAGAUCAUUGUCGCUUCUGCUAGAAGAAAAUGUAACAUCGAAGCAAUCCUCUUUGGAUGAAAUUUUAUUAAAACAGGAAGCAUUGUCGCAAAAAGAAGAAAUGAUACAAUGUUUACAAGAAGAAUUAGUAAAGGUUCGAUUAUAUGAAGCAGAGAAUGAAGCGACGAUAAGAGAACUUAGAGCAAGAAUACAAGAAUUAGAAGAAGAUAAAAAAACAUUAAGAGAAACAACACCGGAUAAUUCUGUUGCUCAUUUACAAGAAGAAUUGAUUGCAGUAAAACUGAGAGAAGCAGAGGCUAAUCUUUCUUUAAAGGAUCUUCGACAAAGAGUAAUGGAAUUAAGCAGUGCCUGGCAAAGGCAUUUGCAAGAACAUCGUUCCGCCCAAACGCAACCCGCAAGUGAUUCUACGCCGAAGAAACUUCUAUUUUGGGAGAAUCGGGGACAUGAAGUGCAAAAAUAUGAAGAAGAUUUAAUGACAACCAGAAUUCGAGAAAUGGAAGCUUUAACCGAGGUGAAGGAGCUUAGACUUAAAGUCAUGGAGCUUGAGACUCAAGUGCAAGUUGCUACGAAUCAACUACGUCGACAAGACGAAGGUGGAAAAUUCAUUAAGGAUGAAUUAGAAGCUGCCUUAGCAAGAGAGAAAGAACUUACUACUAAAUUACGAGAGCAACAACAUAAAUAUUCCGAUUUAGAAUCAAAGAUGAAGGAUGAAGCUAUGAUGGCUAGGAUACGUGAUGCAGAGCAUGCGCAGCAAGUAGCAGAACUUACACAAAAAAUAUCUCUCCUUGAAUUAAAAAAUGAAGAGAUGCAUGCCGAAGGUGAACUUAGAAAUAACUUGGAUGAUAGUGAAAGAGUCAGAGAAUUACAAGAUAAAGUUGCAGAAUUAAAAGCUGAGUUCCCUACGCCAAUCACCAGCCCGGAGACUGAGCCUUGGCGCUGGCUCGAGUCAUGAGGCUAGAAAGUUGGAAACAACGUUGGACAGGUCAUGGUGGACAAAAUGUAAGAAGUUUCAGUGUUGACACUGAAAGUGAAUUGGACGAGCGGGAUCUCAGAAUUUGUUUACAGGAUCAUAUCAAUGCGUCUACACAGAACUCACCAGAGGUAUAGAAAUUCAUGUAUACCAGACAUUAGGCAGCUAAUUAUCUUUUGAACAUACACAAAAGUAUUCCAUUGUUAAAGCAAAUGGAACUUUUUAUGUUUCAUGAUCAUGCUUUUCGAUGUAGAAAACGACGAAUUAUAACGCACAUAGAAUAUUAUAAAUCAAGAAUACAUAGAGAUAAUAGCGAUAUUAUGUUUUUAGUUAACGUAUAAUAUCACUAUAGCUCGUGAUAUAUUAACAGCAUAGUAGCGAUUAACUAGGUAUGAUCUGGUGGUCAUUAAUAACUUAAUAUAAAACUAUCUGACCCGAAUCGAUUACUGCAAAUAGACUUCGAAAUAUUUGCAAAUAUGCUCUUUUAACGUAUAAACAAAAUGAUAUUUAAAUAUCUCAAUCUUUCUUAUAAAUGCUUUAUUCUGAUAAUCACAUAGUGAUAAUACUAUAUUUGUGAUUUUUAUUACUUUAUCUUGAACUUCUAUUGAACUGGAAGCCAUUAUCGAUUCAUCCUAUUAAUUUUUAUGAUUAAUAAUACACAUUUCGAAGUCUGUUCACAAUCGACAAGUACUAUAGAUUAAAUAUAAUUAUGUGACGCAUAAACGACAUGUUUUUAUACGUAUUACGCAUUCUGUGUAUUUUUUGUAAUUUAAACCAAAUGUAAUUCCAUUUAAGGAAUUGUAUAUUGAAUAGAAUGAAAUCCGUCGUUGGGAAAAUCAAUAAGUUAUGACUGUCUUUUGCGAAGAAAAGAAUGAGAGAAAAAAAAUGAAAAGAAUCAACAAAAAAUUUUUCCUGAUACGACGGUAUACUUAGAGUCUCAUUAAUGGGUCGCAGUAGUAUAUUACUCUGAUUGUAGAAUUCUACAGAAAAACUAAAACAACAAUAACAACAACAACAAAAUACAGACAUGUAAAAUGAUAAAAUAUAUGAGUAUACCAAAUACUCUGGAUUCAUCAGUAUUCUUGUUGCGAAUAUUUGCGUAUUUAUUAUACGUUUUUGAAAUGAAGAAACGACACGAGAUUGAUUCAAACAGUUCAACUAUAAAGCAAAGAAUUUUCUUAAAAGCAACAUAACACAUACACAAACAUAUAUAAAAAUAACAAAAUUCAUUAAAAAUUUUGAUUAUUAAGAAAGGGAAAAUGAACAAAAAUUUAUUUUGUUAAUUGGAUCUAAAAGAAACUGUUGAUAAAAAAAGCAAUUAUCAAUGUUUUUUAAAUUAAUUUACUAAUUGCAGAUUAAUGAAAGUGAAAGUGAAACCGAACGAGAUAAUCGGGAGUACUCUUGUAAAACUUAAAUAGCCCGGAUAACUCGUUCCUUAUAGCGACUUCCUAGGAUGUGAUAAUUACUUCCAACGUAAGUAGUUGCGCAGAUCAGAAUCUCAAAGUGCUUUUUUUUUCAUUUUUUUUUUUUAAUUUUUGUUCACUUUUCGGUUUUUUCUAGCUUGAUCAAACCCUUAACGAUCCAUUCUUGUUCCUGAAAAUGUUUGUUUGAAAUAUAUGUUUCGAGACAGUUCAAGAGUUAAAAGUAAAUGAUCGGAAUUUAUUUAUUUUUAAGAUAAAAGGAACAGCUGACCGAUAUUAAAAUGAACAUUUUUAUUAUGCAAUAAAUUGCAAUAAAUAUCAUGUGAUAAAUAAUUUUAUCACUAGUUUUUUUUUUUAAUUUCUUUCGUUUGUCUAAUGCAAUAAGACUAUUUGUUUAUACUCAUUAGUAUAUCUUUAAAAGAUUAUUGAUAAAAAAAUAUAUGAAAGUGAAAACUGUUUUUAUAAAAGUGCAAAUAAAUCAUUUUAUUACCAGAAUUAUUAUCAGAAUAUGUUAGCUAGAAUUUUUUAUAUAAAUAUUUUUUUCGAAUUAUUCUUUUCUUUCAAAAUAAAUAAAAAACAAGUUUUUAAAGAUAAUUAUAAAGUAUUUAUAAUUAUAAAUAGAUAUGAAUUUAAAAGAAAAUUUUAUUACUCAUAAAGAGAUAGAAAAAUGAUGAUUUGUAAAAGAAGCAAUAUUUAAUAUUAAUAUUAUAAAUAAAAAUUUAUAAAUGUAUUUCAUAUUAUAAUAAUCGUUAUAGAUAAAUUUUUAAUUUUAAAUCAUUUUAAAUGUCAUAUAUUUUUUACAUAUAAAUAUAGAUUAUAAGUAAUAGAAAGUAUUUAAUAAAAUAUUAAUCUUAAUUUUUCAUUAAUUCAGAGAAUAAGAUUGUAUAAAAAUAUAAAUUACAAUUUUGUUAUUAUACAAUCUUAUUGUUAAAUCAAUUUUAAUUUUAUCUUUGAUCUAAAAUUUUUUUUUAGCUAAAUAUUAAUUAAUCUAUUUAUUUAUUGGAACGUUAAGGGUUAAACGUUCAUAAUUUUUCGCUUUGGCCUAAAUUAUACUGUAAAUAAUUCUGUUUUAUCACGAAUAAUUGGUAUCAAAAUUGUGAAUAUUGAUUGUGAAAGCAUCACCAAGAAUUCUCUUAAAAUAAUAAAGUUUUGCUUUCAUGCACGUUUGAUCGAAAAAAAUGCAUGUACAUAUCUUUUGCAACAUUGUAAAAUCUUAUUAAUUGAGUUCAUUUAUGAAAAGGGAAGGUUCGGUAAUUAAACUUUUACAACACGAAUGAUCUUUACUCUGCAAUUUAAAAUUAGCAAACAAACAUUUUUUUUAUUUUAUCGUAGGCACUCACUGAAAUUCAUAUUUUCACUUGCUUUAUAGCUAUUUAAUAAUUUGAAUCAUAAUUUGAAAAUCAUAAUUGGAGAUUAUUUUGUUGCAAUUUUUUGUAUUUAAAUAUAUGUAUCGAUUUGUUAUGGGAAUUCAAAUGAAUAUUACAUACUGUAUUCUAAUGAAUAAUAUUUUAUAUAUAUUAUAAUAUUGCAAUAUCUAACUAUUCUAAGAUAAUUUAUAUAAAAAUUUUAAAUUGUAAAUAUAAAAAAGUUUGUCGAUAACAAAAAUAUAAUUUUUUUUUUACUUUUUUUGAAAUAUUUAAAUUUUAUAAUAUAUGUUAUAGUUAAAAAAUUAUAAAUUUAAUCUUAAUAAAUAUUUUUAACAUUUUUUAUAAUCAUUUUAAAUGAUCACUUUUUUUAAAAAGUUUAAAUAAAUUAAAUUAUAUAAAAAAAUUAAAAAAAAAUUUUUUCUAAUAUCUUAAAAAUUCAGAAUUCUCUAUAGCAAUUUGAUAUUUUUCAAUAAAUCAAAAAAAAAAAAAAAAGAGUCAAUGUAUCGUGUCGCUUUUAACAUAUUUUUCUCUUUCUUUCAUGAAAAUGAAAAUAUUCUGAAAAGUCAUUCCAUAGCAAUUUAUCUAAUUUUAAAACAAAUCAUAGAAAUACGCUAAAGCAAUGCUUAAUGGCACAAGCUCAAUAAUUUAUUACUGUAAGAAAAGGCUUAGUUUCUCGUCUUUUCAGAUAUUUCGCCAGAGAAAUCGAACAUGUUUCUUUCGUCUAUUAAAAUAAGAAGAAUAAGAAUAAUUUCGAUACUGCCUCAUAAUAUUUGAUUCUGACUGGAUUAAUUGUAUAACGGUUAAUGAAAUUGAUUAUUAAAAAAUAUCUAAAAUUCUUUCACAUCCUUUUUGUGAAUAUAGAUAUGCGAUUAUCUGAAAAUUAAUUUUUAUGCAGAAUACUUUUUUAAUUUUAAGCUUGUUCUAAAAAUAUUGUUCUAAUGAUCGAUAACAAUAAUAAUGUGAGGAAUAGAAAAGAAAUCACGAUGAAUUAUAUUUAAUUAGAAAAUUAUAAAAAUGCAAAAUUUGUAUAAGCGAUUUAACAACUCUUUUAUUAAAACUUAUAAAAUUAUGAUAUAUAUAUAUAUGUAUAUAUAUAUAUAUAUAUAUAUAUACAUAUGUGUGUGUGCGUGUGUAUACAUUAGUAUUUGUUAUUUUAAAGAAUUGAUCAGCAAAUGCAUUUACGCUUGAUUUAGUGUUUUUAUCGAAAAGAAAAAAAUUUAUUUAUUUCUUUUUUUAAUAAAUAUUUCAUUGUUUUAAAGCAUAAUGAUCAACCUUAAUGCAAUUUGCAAAGAUCGAUCAGUAAGGUAUCAGCAUUGAUCAAUCGAUUCCCUGUAAAGACUUCAAUGUCUUAAUAAAAAAAAAAAUUGGAUAUGAAGAACUGUAAUAUAAUUUUAAUACUUUAAUAUUUUAAUAUAAUUUGAUAUAAAUUCUUUUUUUUUCUAGUUAUUAUGAAUUAUGAAAUUUAUUUAUCGAGAUAUAAACUUUGAUGAAAUUAUUAAAAAAAUUUUUUUUCUACAAUAAUCAGCAUUUUUUAAAAUAAUAAAUAUUUUUUCAGAUAAUAUUAAAAAAUUCUUUAUUUAAUUUAACAGUCACAUUUUUAUUUUAAAAAAUUUAAUAUUUAAUUAAAUUUAAAUUUUUUUUAUCAAUUCUAUUAUAAAUCAAUUGUGCAAUUUCUAGAAUGAUUUCUCUUAGAUUUUGAGUACAUUAAUUUUAAUAUAAAUAUUAUUAGAAGUAUACACAUGUAUACUUUUAUAUUUACAAAUAUAUAUUUAUAUUUGUAGAAAAAAUAUUUAAUAUAUAUUAUUUUAAUAAUAAUAAUAAUAAUAAUCUUAAUGAUCAUUGAAAUAUGAAUUCGAGGGAUUUUGUUGAUCAUUAUUAUAUCAUCAUAUUUGUUGGUAUCGAUCGAUCAGUGUUAAUAUUCGAUUAUUUUUCGCCAUUGAUAGUGCCAACUUCAGUCAAAAAAAAAAAAAAUAAUAUUAAAAGACGAAUGAAAUUUUUUUUUAGCGUAAAAGUACACGAAUGAUAAAUAUAUAUAUAUUUUACUAUUUGUCUCUUUUUAUGCAUUUAUAUUUCAAGAAACUAUUAUUAAAUACACCAGAUACAUUUAUUCAAUAUUUUGCAAUGCAACAAGUUUCUAUAAAAAAAUUUCGAUCAUUUGGAAAUAACUAUAUAUACUACGCAUUUUAAUUAUGUCUCAAAUGAGUGUUGUCAAUGAUUUUCCUGUUAUACACAAGAGUUUUCGACAGAUAACGCGCACAUUAUGAACAACGAUAUGAACAUUUGUCAUGAACAUUGUGGGGAAUAUUAUAACACAUCAGGAGUAAAUAAAUUUUUAUUCACUUUUAAA